GUUGUGUGGCUUCUUGCCAGGCAGCUGACUGGGGUUUGCGACUGUGGGUUGGUGAGAGUGGAGAACACAGAAUGUUGUUUGCUGGAAUGCUUCUCUCUGCCCACAGGAAGACACCUUUGGCAUGUGUAUUCUGGUCAGGGCACAGUCAGGUUCUGUGGUUUCCACCCCAAGAUUGUAGGAGCCAUGAAGCCUGGGCCACAAUUUUCUCCCUUGGUUGUGCUCCGUGAAAGGUGGCUUUGGUGUCCGCUGUGCCACUGGUCUCUCCCCAGGCAGGCAUCCUGUGCCCCCACCUUGUCUCCAGUGGUGGUGUGGCUGUGCUUCUGCAAGGCCCGCAUCCACUCACUGUCUGCCCUCUGCACUCUCUGGCUGGCCAGGGCCCCCAGUAGUCUGCUCAUUGUGCCCUCACGCUUGGGCAGAGCCGAACUCAGGGGACCCAGGAAGAGCAGAGUGUUGGCCCGCCCAGAGUUCUUGGCAAUUGGUGUAUCGUGUGUGCCUCGUGCCCUGUGCUGGGUGAGAGUGGGCACAGCUGCACAGACAACGCCCUUGGCGAGGCUGGAGCCUGGACCCCUGCCUGGCAGCAGCUGGGCGAACUGGUAUCUUCUGCCUGUGUGUCCAGCCUCAUCUUGGUAGCUUAGUGCUCCCUCAGGAGGAAGGAGGGGAGGCCUGGUCAGUGGAGGUCACCGCUGUGUUUCCUUCCGUGUGGAUUUGUAGUCAUGUAGCAUCUAGGUUCAGACCCGAAAAGCUUGGAGCCAGGGGCUGGGGGAAACAGGGCAGGACCAGCCUCGGGGUAGCCCUGUUGGGCCCACCAGUGCCAUGCUGGCUGUGGGUUGGCAGGGCGGAGUGACCUUAAGAAGGGCCAGCUCUGGAGCAACAGGGCAGAAGCUCACAUGGGAUCCAGCCCACAGGACCGUCUGAGUAGUGCUCCCAUAUCAGGUUCUUUGAAGCGCAUGAUCUAGCUUAACUUUUUCUCCUUCGUAUUGGAAAAGUCACCAUAAGAUCAUCAAGUCUUAAUUUCUGUGAUCGUGAUGCUUCAAGUAGGUGUGUAGCUAUUGCUGGAUGUGUCCUGAGAACUGCACCCCUUCCACCCUGGCGAGAAGCAGGGGCUCCAGAAAUUCAUGCAAGUGGCAUGGCUCAUUGAUUGUGGGAGACUCUGGGGGGCUCCUAGCUAGUGUAUUAUGGGAACCAGGCUGUGGGGGUCGCAGGGCUCACUGACUGGGAGAAGCUGAAUGGAUGAAGAACCCUGGCCACUGUGGUGCAUGCUGAUGGUUGGCUGGCACAUAGAGGAGAUGGCAGGGCUGGAGAGGCCUGAGCUAAGCGCAGGAGCAAGUUCUGUGGAUGGGAGAGCCAGGAGGGCAUGGAGGGCAUGCUGAGAUGAAAACGACAUGUGCUUGUGACAAAAAGCCCAGAAGAGGCAGUAAGGAGGGAGGAGUCUAUCCCUUACGGAGAGCACAUGGACUUCUGGGUGGGUACCCUGCAGUUCCCUUCCUCCUGAAUCUUUUUAACUGGGGGUCUGGGGUGUUUGUGAUCAGUGACAUGUAUGCGUGUGCAUGUGUGCCUGUGUGGGUACACAUGUGUGGUGUGUGUGCAUUUGUGUGCAUGUGUGUGCUGUGUGUGCAUGCAUGUGUGUGUGUUUUUGGUAGGCUUGUGGACACAUCCUGCAUACCUUUGCGCUUGGGAGUGGCAUGUGUGUGUGGUGGGUGUCCCUGUGCAUGAUGGAGUUGCAGCUGUGAUGCAUUUGUGAGAUUACCUCGGUGGCCUAAAUUGGGGAUUAGGAGGGCAUCCUCAGGUCCUUCCCGCUGUCUGCUCGUCUGCCCACAGGCGACUGUGCCCCAAACAGGAGGAGGCCAUCCACGCCUUGCCUGAGUUGUGUCCAAGGUUUGCGCGUCGCCAGGGGUCUGUCCACUUCCCUCUGCCCCCGUCCCUGAACACAGCUGCAGUGCAUGGCACCACUCCUCAGCUCUGCUCUCCACCCCAACUCGAAGACACUGCCCUGGCCCUGUGUGCAGCUCACGUGGACUGGGCGGUCAGGGCAGGUGCAGGUCUUGGGACAGGAGCUGGAGCCGUCUUUUCCUUCCUGAACAGCCUCAGAGCAGGUGGACAGGGCUGCUUCCCUGCAAGGGCCGAAGGCCAGGCCUCCUGGGGAUUUAUUCCUGGCUUAGAAGGGCGGGGCCAGAAGCAGGCAUGGUGGGGAUUAGGGACUUAGCUCCCUCAGCUCUCAGUCCAGCAGACAGACCCGCCCCAGGCUGGCCACAGAGGCUGCACCCCAGCAAACAGGCAUGUCGGGCCCCAGGCCUGUGGUGCUGAGCGGGCCUUCGGGAGCUGGGAAGAGCACCCUGCUGAAGAGGCUGCUCCAGGAGCACAGCGGCAUCUUUGGCUUCAGCGUGUCCCAUACCACAAGGAACCCGAGGCCUGGCGAGGAGAACGGCAAAGAUUACUACUUUGUAACCAGGGAGGUGAUGCAGCGUGACAUAGCAGCCGGUGACUUCAUUGAGCAUGCCGAGUUCUCAGGGAACCUGUAUGGCACGAGCAAGGCGGCGGUGCAGGCCGUGCAGGCCAUGAACCGCAUCUGCGUGCUGGACGUGGACCUGCAGGGUGUGCGGAACAUCAAGGCCACCGAUCUGCGGCCCAUCUACAUCUCUGUGCAGCCGCCCUCACUGCAUGUGCUGGAGCAGCGGCUGCGGCAGCGCAACACUGAAACGGAGGAGAGCCUGGCGAAGCGGCUGGCUGCUGCCCGGGCCGACAUGGAGAGCAGCAAGGAGCCCGGCCUUUUUGAUGUGGUCAUCAUCAACGACAGUCUGGACCAGGCCUACGCGGAGCUGAAGGAGGCGCUCUCUGAGGAAAUCAAGAAAGCUCAAAGGACCGGCGCCUGAGGCUUGCUCUCUGUUCUCGGCACCCCAGGCCCAUACAGGACCAGGGCAGCAGCACUGAGCUGCCCCCUUGGCAGGUGAUAACAGCAGCUCUGUGCCCUUGGCCAGCACAUGGAGUGGAGGGGAUGCUGCCCCUGUGGUUGGAACAUCCUGGGGUGACCCCCGACCCAGCCCCACCAGGCUGUCCCCUGUCCCUAUCUCUCAUGCUGGACCCGGGGCUGACAUCCUAAUAAAAUAACUGUUGGAUUAGAAAGUCCA